AAGGUUUUAGUCCAGUCCUGGAAAUGAUUAAUGAAACAUGUUUUAACGUGUAACACUUAAAGUGCCUCGUUUUAUUCAAAACUAGAGAAGGACAGCAGCGCUUUCAGAGGCUUGUUAUUCUCAAUGUGUCAGAAAUGAAGGAAAAGUCCAAGAAUGCUGCGAAGACACGAAGAGAAAAAGAAAAUGGAGAAUUUUAUGAAUUGGCCAAACUGUUGCCGUUGCCCUCGGCCAUCACAUCCCAACUGGACAAAGCUUCAAUCAUCCGACUGACCAGCAGUUACCUGAAGAUGAGAUCGGUCUUUCCAGACGGUCUCGGUGAGGCGUGGGGUCAGUCGUCACGUGUCAGCCCUUUGGACGUUUUGGCGAAAGAUCUCGGAUCUCACCUGCUGCAGACAUUAGACGGGUUUGUGUUUGUCGUCGCGCCAGAUGGCAAAAUCAUGUACAUUUCAGAAACAGCUUCAGUUCAUCUGGGUCUGUCACAGGUGGAACUGACUGGAAACAGCAUAUAUGAAUACAUUCACCCUUCAGAUCACGAUGAGAUGAACGCUGUGCUUAGCACACACCAACCUCUACACACUCACUUCCUGCAAGAGUAUGAAAUCGAGCGCUCGUUCUUUCUGAGGAUGAAGUGUGUUUUGGCCAAGAGGAACGCAGGCCUCACAUGUGGCGGUUAUAAGGUGAUUCACUGCAGCGGGUACCUGAAGAUCCGCCAGUUCGUGAUGGACGUCUCACUGUACGAGUCGUGUUAUCAGAUUAUCGGUUUGGUGGCCGUCGGUCACUCGCUCCCCCCCUGCGGAAUCACAGAGAUCAAACUCCACAGCAACAUGUUCAUGUUCCGCGCCAGUCUCGAUCUCAAACUCAUCUUCCUAGACAGCAGGGUGGCAGAGCUAACAGGUUAUGAACCACAGGACCUGAUUGAGAAAACUCUCUAUCAUCACGUGCAUGGAUGUGACGUGUUUCACCUGCGAUACGCACAUAAUUUAUUGUUGGUAAAGGGACAGGUCACCACUAAGUACUAUCGUCUGCUGUCCAAACACGGUGGUUGGGUUUGGGUGCAGAGCUGCGCCACCAUUGUUCACAACACUCGUUCAUCUCGACCGCACUGUAUCGUCAGCAUCAAUUAUGUGUUAACGGAUGUGGAAUAUAAAGAAAUGCUGUUAUCUCAGGACCAGAGCAGAUCCAGAGCAUCUCUCUCUUAUAAAAAUGGUCUCACGGCUUCUCAGGAUUCACACAAACAGCUUAAAGCCAAAACAGGCAAAAUCAAAAGCAAACUGAAAGUUUCUCCAUACCCUCAGACAUCACAGCAUUCUGAUAAACUGGAGUGUUCGUCAUGGAAGUCCAGCUCGUCCGGUCAGGUCUCGCUGCCUCUGAUCUCUCCAUCUGUCCCUGAACCGCCGGACGUGACGUCUCACUCUCUGCCACACCCUUACACCAUAGACUGCCGAAAGCUGCGAGCGACGGCAAGCUCAUCUGGACGACACAUGCUGCAUGGAGACGCUGCCUGGAGCUGCAGUUUAAAUAAACCUGCAAUAAACAUCCAACCCCCCCGCAGCACAUACUCAGGUUACACCGGGAGAUUCACCGGCGAGCCACUGCACGAGGGAUGCAGAUCCAGGGGUGCGUUUAAAGAGGAACCUGAGGAGCUCCGGAGCAGCAUGCAGACGGAUGACCCGACCGUCUGUGAACAGCCCAGAGAACAUCAUGGGCCGCUGGUGUUGGAGCAGAGACGCAGGCUGCGUACCACGGACGGGCUGUACGAGGAGAGCGACACCCAGGAGGAGAGGAGGGUUCUGGUGGGCAUGAGGCUCCCGGCACAGAGCCCAUUGGUCUCUCUGAACCUCCACCACGUUCUGACCAAACGCGGCUCUAUCCCAUCCGGAUCUUACGCUCUGAGCCAUUUAACGGAGAGCUGUGGUUACCGGGGAGAGGAGAUGAAUCCGUACCUGUACAGGACACAAAGUCCGAGCCCGUCCCCCGAGCGUCAUGGUGUUCCCCAUUACAUAGGCACAUCUGUCAUCAUUAGCAACGAAAGGUGACGCUGCAGGAAAGACAAUAACGGUUGAAAGACUCCUAACAUGAUGUUUUAUGUCAACUCUUUAUGCAAAAUCUGCAGCUAUUUGGUGCAUCUGUAACGAUAUUAAAGUAA